CGUUGAUGUAAAUACUAUGGUAUUACAGUGUGAUGAUGGAUCUUUAUAACAAAUAAAUAGACUUGACAUUUAUUCAUUUAAUGCACAUUUUAGUGAAAUAAAUUAUUCCGAUUAGUGGCGAUAUGAUAUACAUAAUGAUGUAUAUUGCGUAUCUCCUGCACGCGACUUAACCAUCGUCUGCAGAUAAAGUUUUGUACCAUAAUCCAACUGCCUCGCUUCACUUGUUAGUAUUUGUUAGAGUCAUUCACACGUGGGGUGCUAUUGUAGUGUUAUAGAUAUGACUUAAAACGCAGAUUUUAUUCUAUUUUGUUAGGAAUUUAUAAUGGAAAAACAUGCCAAAUUCCUUCAAGGAAGCGUUAAAAAGAAAUCCGGUGGCAGGAUUAAAUGUACUUUGUGGAUAGUAGCCACUGUUGCCACAAGUUUUGUAAUUGUAUUACUUGGAUUUUUAGUAUGGUCAUUAGUUUCAUAUCAUCAACAUGUUGUUAAUUUAAAUUCUAGAGUGGAAUAUUUAGAAAAUGAAUGCUCAAACUAUAAAAAUGAAAUAAAUGUGAUAGUAGAGAGAAAAGUAGAGGAAUUAUUAAAUAAGAAAUUAAAACAUGUAGGAUAUUUACAUAACAGUGAAGAACAUGAACGAUUCAGACGCCAAAGUAAUUGUAUUUGUCCACCAGGUGCGCCUGGACAGAAAGGAGACCAAGGCAAGACAGGAGACCGAGGUUUCAAUGGAUUCCCGGGACAAAUGGGUGAAGGAGUACCAGGACCACAAGGACCAGCUGGACCAAAAGGAGAACCAGGUAGAGGAGAGAAAGGAGAGAAGGGUGAUACUGGAUUACCUGGAUUUAAUGGACUCCAAGGUGAAAAGGGAAUAAAGAGAUCUUUACGACGAUUCCAAGAUAGCCUAGAUUCAGAAUACGGCAAUUUAAUAUCAUUAAAGGGUUCAGAUUUUGAAGUCAUAACAAUAAAGGGAGAGCCCGGAGAUCCAGGAAAGAAAGGUGACCGUGGAGAAUCGGGACCUCCUGGUCCAAAAGGGGAGAACGGAGAAGAAGGGAUUCCAGGAUUUGAUGCUUUACCUGGGCCACCAGGACCAGCAGGACCACCAGGACCAAGAGGACCAGCUGGUAAAGAUGGUCUACCUGGUCGAAAAGGAGAGAUUGGUUUACCUGGUAACCAUGGAUCUCAAGGAGAGAAAGGUCAAAAAGGCAGCAGAGGUAAAAAGGGUAAGCGAGGUAGGAGGGGCAAGACUGGGAGACCAGGAGCUAAUGGUUUACCUGGACAGGUGGGAGCAUCAGGAGACAAAGGAGACUUGGGAAAACAAGGACCUAAAGGGGAACAGGGAGACAGAGGAACACCUGGGGUGUCAGGAAGUAUAGGCAAGCCAGGUCCUAGAGGUUUAUCUGGACUGAAAGGUAUAAAAGGUGAUUUAGGACCAGUUGGACCACCAGGUUUAGAUGGUCUUAUAGGGCCUCCAGGAUUACCUGGACCUCCAGGUGAACCUGGCAUUUCUGGAGGAACAUUUGGGGAUGAUGGCAAAAGUUUAAUGUUACAUGGACCACCCGGUCCCCCAGGCCCAAUGGGACCUAUGGGAUUAAGAGGACCUCCAGGAAUCAAGGGAGACAGGGGACCAACAGGACCCAAAGGUGAAACAGGUGAAAAGGGCAAAACAGGCCUCAUUGGACCAAUUGGAUUACCUGGAGCGCAGGGGCCUCAAGGAGAUUCUGGCCCAGCGGGCGCUGAUGGACAACAUGGUCCUGUGGGGCCACCAGGACCUCCUGGACCCAUGGCAACAGUUGAUGGUGUAUGUACUUGUGAAAAGGGAGAAAAAGGAGAAAGGGGAAGAAGAGGAAAGAGAGGAAAGAAAGGACCUACAGGAGACAGAGGACCUUCGGGUAGUCCUGGGUUAGAUGCCCCAUGUCCUGUUGGAGACAACGGUCUACCUCUACCUGGAUGUGGAUAUGGAUUAAAGGGACCUUGUCCUGUUGAUAAAGAUGGGAAACUACAGUGUGAUACAAGCCAUAACCAUGAAUGAACUGAAGAGACAGUGACCAGAAAUAUUAACCAGAGACAAUUAUAAUCAUUGUAUAAUCAUAUAACUGUUAAUCUUAUUAUCAUCGUGUUAUUGACAUUAGAGGAGAAUAUUCAUCUGUCACCACAUUUGUCAUACAUAUUAGACAAUUGUUAAGGUUUUUGUUUUUAUGACAUUUUCUGUUAUUUUUGGAGUGUCUUUUAGAUUUGAAUAGAAAUUCAUGAAAAUAUUUGUGAAUCUUUUAGUUAUGAUUCAAGAAGAACCUAUUGUAAACAAGUCUAUAAUUUCACACUAUCAUAUAAAUAUUUUAAAGGUAUAUUCAGCAAACACUGGAUAAACUUUUUAAGUUGAAAUUUUUUAAUUUGGUUUUUAAUGAAAAUCUGUUAGAUUUAGCUGAGACUAUACAUUGUCAAUAACGCAAUGUGUAAAAGUAGUCUCAGGAUUUAGUUACUGUUGGUUCUCUUGAGAUGAUAUUGGGUGCUACUUGUUAAACUGAAACAAGAAACCAAUUUUACGAUUUUAUGUAAAGUAAUUUGAUGUAUUUCAUUAGAUUUAUUAUUUACAAUACUUCCUUUUGGUAUUACUGAAGACCAGAUGUGUGUUUUGCCUUUUGAGUGUUCUGUACACCAAUAUAAGAUGAAAUUUGACAUUAUUGAGACGACUUUUACAACACUAUAAAAGUCAGACAUUGACCAAGGAUACAUCUGAUUAAUUUACCAGUUAAUUAUCAUGACAACUUUGGGGGUGGUCCUCUAUAAUAUUAUAUUUUAUACAUUGACACCUUUAUUAACUACAUGUAGACAAUGGUAAAAGUUAGUUUUCACUCAUGACUUUUAUUAACUAUACAUGUAGACGAUGGUUAAAGUUAGUUUUCACUCAUGACUUUUAUUCAUGAAUGAUCAUGUAUAGAUCUUAACUAACACAACUUUUUAGAACAAAACUAUCAAAACUAUUUAAAUAUUUUGAUAAAUAUAUUUGAAAGAAAUGAAAAUUCAUAUGGUCUUCAAAACUGAAACAAAAAAAAAUAUUUUGACAUAAUAAACUAAAAUUAAUAAAUUCACAUGCAAUCUCUUCAAGAUUUCAAUGAUAUUAGAUGUUAAAGAUAUUUGUCCCUGUUCAUGUCAUGUCCCUUAGACACUAACACAACUUGUUUCCUUGAACACGUGUAGGGAAUAAUGUAAAACAUGCAGACCUUCAGGGGAUGAAGACUAAAUGAUAAAACAAAGAAUGAAAUGUAAAUUAUUAAAUUUGGGAUUUCUUGGAUUGGAAAUAAAUCUGCUCUUUCCAAAUGAUUGCUUUGACAAUAUAUUGCUCAAAUAUAUUUCAUUUUUCUGUUGUGAAUCAAGUUCUUCUGUCUUUCCCACAUAUAUUAUAUGGAAUUGUCUUUCAUUUGAAAAGGGACAGCAGGGUCAAAAGGCUAAAACAGAUAUCUCUCCUUAAACACAUUUAAUUAGUACUACCCACCCACUGUAGACAACAAAUUAUACAGUUUAUAUGACCAUAACUUUGUGUAUCAUUAGUUUUAUGUAUACACACUUUCUGCAUGAAUGAUUAUUUUAUGUUGUAAAUAAAUAUGUAAUUUUAUAUCAAAUAGCAGUAUGGUUAUUAGGAAUAUUGUCCUUGUUUAGUAUCAACAAACCUUGAUAAUUAUCAUUGGAUAACAGCAUUUUAUUUGUUAACACAUAAAAUACAUGGAAAUUUUCCUGCUUGGCCUCCAAACUACCAUAAUGUUCUUUUACUUGCUUUCAGCUACAUUUUUAUUUGUUAGAAUGCAAAGUUAAUUUGGGCAAGGAUUUGUAUAGUGUACAAAUCCUUGAUUCGGGUUAGUCACAAUUAUUUAGUAUAUAAUAUGAACGGAAAACAAAAAUUCUUAAAAUUUGUAAACUGCAAGUAGAUAUAUUGUUUUGUAUAAUUCUUUUUUUAAUUUUUGUUCAAUAUGAUGAAAUUGAUUAAUGUUCAAAUCUUCCUAAAUGGUAUUUAACAGGAUAAUUUAGUAUGAAUGUCAAGAGAUUUUGAGUAUAACAAAGCGACAACUACAAAAAUUCAUUAUCAAUAAUACAUCAGUGAUUGAAUUUUUGUAAUAAUAAGAUAAAAGUUAAUUUUCAAGUAUAAUAUUAGUUGUUGCAAUCAAAGUACUGAUCUUUUUAUAAUAAGUGUCUUGGUUCUAGAUUUUUUAAUGUAUGAUAACAUUUUUUCAUUUAUUUAUUUAUAUUUUUUUUUAUGUGUGAAAAUGUGCAUUCAAAUCUUCUGCUAUACAUUAUACGUUUUAACGUGAUGAAACAGUAUUCAACUUUUUUUUUUUUUUUUGUAAACUGGUAAUCGUAUACAAUUUUUAAUUCGUUUGCAUAGAAAAAGGGGGAAUAAUAAGAUUCUUAGUUUAAAUUUAAUUUUUUUUAACAUCAAGGGGUAAAUUUUUGCUUUGAGUGUAGCGAGUGUAAUGUUUGCUUUUUAUGUUUACAUAGAAGGAAGGAUGUUAGUAGAAGGAAAUAGAAAAAGAUGUAUUGAAUUUUUAGACAAAUAGCUCUCUAGCUGAGUUGUGAUAUAUAAAAUGUAUAUGUAAAUUUUGUAUUAUCCCAUAUUGAGAUGUGAAUUUUAUAUCAUCUAUAUAUUUCUUUGUAUAUAAUCUAUGUUGUCCGUUUUUUUUAUAAAUGAGAUGAAAAUUGCAAAAAAAAGUUACAUUUUAGAUUAAAUCAUUCAUUAUUUCUUUGAUAUAUCAUGUUGAAACAUCCAGGGCAAAUCAUUUAUUAUUUCACAUUAGGAUUACUUUUAGAAAUCAAUAAACAAAAUAAAAUUCAGGUUUUUUUUUUUUUUUACAUUCAUUCAUAUGAAGUAAUGAAAAUUAUAUGAAAAUUGUUCGCACAAACGUAAUGGGCCAGAAAUAAUUGAAUAUACUUGGAUGAUGCCAUGAAAUGAUAAGAUUGAACAGUGGUUUCUAAUGCCUUUUGUAAAAUCUUAGGGAUAUAUUUGAAAGAUUUUGACCUGUGAAGAUUUUAAUGAAUUUGUUACUGAUGAGUUUUUAAGUUACUUUAUUACAUGUACCAGUAUUUCAGAAAGUGAAAUUCAUUAAUUUAAAUAUUUAAUUGUCUUUAUUAACUAAGAAGAGACGAGACAGCAAAUUGUUUCAACCAUUAGAAAUUAAAUAAAUCUAAACUUUAAUGCUAAACAGUAUUGUAAUUGAACCUGGAAUCUGUGAAUUUUUGUUAAACUUAAAGUGUACUAAAAGGCAUUGCCCUUCUUAAAAGAAAUGUAACAAUUGCCAAUUUUAAGAAAUAAUAAAAGAAAUAUUACCAUCUUUAAUUCAACAUACCAUAAGAAUAACUUGAUACAGUGUAUGGAUUUAGUAUACUGGUACAUGUACUCAACAACAAUUUUUCAUAUAAUUAACUCCUAAAAGCACUAUAAGCUCACCAUUCUCAAAGGAUCAGGAACUAUUGUCUAUAUAUUUUGUCCAGCACUUAUCUGUCUGUCAUGAAUAAAUUUCUUAAAAAAGUACAUUGGUGAAAAGUUAAGUUGACUUUAUCUUCAUUAAUUUGAAAAAUAUAAUACACAUAUUAAGAUUUCAUGCACAUGACAUUAACUGAAAAACGAAAGAAUUUGGUUUAUGUAAAGUAAAAUGGUAUCCAUAGAAUUGAUAGUAACUUACAAACACUAAUAGUUUUAUUUGUUUAUGUAUUAGAAUUAUUUCAUUAUAUGUAUUGUUAUUGUUUACUUAACACCAAAUAAAAAUUUUCAUGUAAAAA